AGAGGAGGCAGGCCACGCACGCAAGACGCAACCUCUCUUCUUCCUCUGUCUGUUGGUUGGUUCCGUUGCUCUGCGCUCUUCUCUAUCAUCUGCUUCCUCCCUUGCGGGAACGAAGCCAAGGCUUAGAAUAAAGAGGGAGGCAGGGGUGAGAGAGAAGAAGGAAUCGACAAGCAAGGAGGAGGAAUGAAGCGCGUGCAGCUGGCGAGCUUGCCUUCGGGGAGGCAUGGCGAAGAUUGGGACGAGCUGGAGGAGGUGCGUCUGCUUGAUUUGGAGGGAGGACGAAGAGAUUGUCCUGCUUCUUCUUCUUCUUCGUCUGGUGGGGAGGAGGAGGAGGAGGAGGGAAGAAGCAGCGCCAGGAAGGUGCAGGUGAAGGUCACAGGAAUGACCUGCGCUGCCUGCUCCAAUUCGGUGGAGAAGGCGCUGUCUGGCCUCCCCGGCGUCCUCCGUGCCUCCGUCGCUCUCCUUCAGAACAAAGCUGACGUGCUGUUCGAUCCCUCCCUCCUCAAGGAGGAAGAUAUCAAGGUCGCCAUUGAAGACGCAGGAUUUGAUGCAGAAAUUUUGAUGGAGGCUCCAGCUGCACGACCAAAGCAGCAGGGUUCCUUGAUUGGUCAGUUCAGAAUUGGAGGAAUGACUUGUGCAGCCUGCGUAAAUUCUGUUGAGGGCAUACUAAGGAAGCUACCAGGUGUUAGGCAUGCGGUUGUCGCUUUAGCCACAUCAUCAGGGGAAGUUGAAUAUGAUCCUAAUGUCAUUAGCAAGGACCAAAUUGUACAGGCGAUUGAAGAUGCUGGCUUUGAUGGUUCUUUUCUUCAGAGCGGCGAACAAGACAGAAUUUUUUUGGGAAUAGUUGGGGUAUAUAGUGAAAAGGAUGUACAGCUCUUAGGAGGUUUACUUGGGGAUUUGAAAGGAGUGAGGCAAUUUGACUUCAACAAAGCCAUCUCAGAGUUAGAAAUUGUAUUUGAUCCUCAGGUCACUGGCUUGAGAUCCAUAGUCGAUUUCAUCCAGAAAGGAAGCAAUGGAAAAUUCAGUGUACUUCUGCGAAAUCCAUACUCAAAAUUCAUCUCCGGUGAUGUAGAAGAAUCCAAAAAAUUGUUUCGGCUCUUUCUUUCCAGCUUGUAUCUCAGUGUCCCAGUUUUUCUUAUUGGGGUUGUAUGCCCCCUCAUACCUCUUGUAUAUUCGUUACUACUUGUACGCUGUGGCCCUUUUCUGAUGAGUGAUUGGUUGAAAUGGGCAUUGGUUACCCCUGUUCAAUUUAUCACCGGCAGACGCUUUUAUGAGGCUGCUUAUAGAGCUUUACGUCGUGGGACGGCCAACAUGGAUGUGUUAGUUGCACUUGGUACUUCAGCUUCUUAUUUCUACUCGGCAUACGCAUUACUUUAUGGCGCAGUCACUGGAUUCUGGUCUCCAACAUACUUUGAGACAAGUGCCAUGCUGAUAACAUUUGUGCUGUGGGGAAAGUACCUGGAAGUUGUUGCAAAAGGUAAGACGUCAGAGGCCAUCAAGAAGCUUGUGGAACUUGCCCCAGCAACUGCAUUGCUGCUUAUUAUGGAUUCUGAUGGAAAAUGCACUGGUGAACGUGAGAUUGAUUCUUUGCUAAUUCAGCCUGGUGAUGUAUUAAAAGUUCUUCCUGGUUCAAAAGUUCCUGCUGAUGGUGUAGUCUUGUGGGGCUCCAGUUAUGUGAAUGAGAGUAUGGUUACUGGUGAAUCUGAACCUGUUCUGAAAGAGGUUAAUUCUUCAGUAAUAGGAGGUACCAUUAAUCUACAUGGGGCACUUCACAUUAAAGCCACCAAAGUGGGUUCCGAUACUGUUUUGAAUAAGAUAAUAUCUUUGGUGGAGACGGCCCAACUGUCAAAGGCACCUAUUCAGAAAUUUGCAGACUAUGUUGCUAGCAUAUUUGUUCCAACUGUUGUUUCCCUGUCGUUAUUGACGUUUUUUGCCUGGUACCUCUGUGGCACCUUCAAUGCAUACCCAGCCACUUGGUUACCUAAAAAUAGCAGCCCCUUCGUAUUUGCUCUUAUGUUUGCAAUAUCUGUUGUGGUGAUUGCUUGCCCCUGUGCACUUGGAUUGGCAACACCAACUGCAGUCAUGGUUGCUACUGGGGUUGGGGCUAAUCACGGAGUUCUUAUAAAAGGCGGAGAUGCCCUUGAAAGGGCCCAAAAAGUUCAAUAUGUUGUGUUUGACAAGACUGGCACACUUACACAGGGCAGGCCUGCAGUUACAUCAGUGAAGGUCUUUAAAGAGAUGGAAUUGGGUGACUUUCUGAAAUUAGUUGCUUCAGCAGAGGCAAGCAGUGAGCAUCCAUUGGCAAGAGCCACUAUAGAGUAUGCGCACCACUACCAUUUUCUUGGCGAACCACUUGUGACCAAAGGUUCUGGCAUGCAUUCCAAGGACUCAAAAUAUUCCUUUUGGCUUCAUAAUGUGACAGAGUUUUUAGCUUUGCCAGGGAAAGGUGUACAAUGCUUGAUCAAUGGAAAACUAGUUCUGGUUGGUAACCGCAAAUUGCUGUUAGAGGGUGGAGUGUCAAUACCAUUACAGGCUGAGACAUACUUGGCAGAAAUGGAAGAGUAUGCCAAAACUGGUAUACUAGUUGCAUAUGAUGGUGCCUUUAUUGGUAUUUUGAUAGUGUCUGAUCCUCUUAAAAGAGAAGCUGCAGUGGUGAUUGAAGGUCUAAAGAAAAUGGGAAUUCUGCCUGUUAUGGUAACAGGGGACAACUUAAGGACAGCCCGUUCUAUAGCAAAAGAGGUUGGUAUUACACGUGUCGAAGCGGAGGUAAUGCCAUCUGGAAAGGCUGAAACCAUUCGUUCUCUUCAAAAGGAUGGGAAGGUCGUCGCCAUGGUUGGAGAUGGCAUCAACGAUUCACCUGCCCUUGCAGCGGCUGAUGUUGGAAUGGCGAUUGGGGCAGGGACUGAUAUCGCCAUUGAAGCAGCAGAUUAUGUGUUGAUGAGGAGUAACCUUGAAGAUGUAAUCACAGCCAUCGAUCUAUCGAGGAAAACUUUUGCGCGGAUCCGUUGGAAUUACAUAUUUGCAAUGGGGUAUAACAUUCUUGCCAUUCCCCUCGCAGCUGGAGCCUUUUUCCCAGUCAUUAAAUUGAGGCUGCCACCAUGGGUGGCUGGGGCCUGUAUGGCAUUUUCUUCUGUAAGUGUUGUUUGUUCGUCUUUACUCUUGAGAAGAUACAAGAAACCUAGGCUCACGACGAUACUGGAGAUGACCAAAGAAUAAGCCAUGGCAAAAAUGCCACUGCAUGCUUAUCUGUAAUGUAUUUCCUCCUUGUUUGUAAGUGGUUUUUUGCAUUC